AUGAAAAUUUUAAUAAUAUUGGUUUUAUUAAACUUUUUAUAUAGUUUUGGAAAUGGAUCAAAUUUAAAUAUCCAUCUAGUAAAGAAUGGUGGUUUAAAAUUUGGUGAUAAAACAAUAUGUCCACUAUCAUAUGGAGGAGAGGAUUGUUCUUUAGCAAACACAACAGAGCUAUGUAACCAUGCUCAAGAUCCUCACUAUGGCGAAGUUGGUCCCAUUUGCUGUUGGUCAAAGUAUAGAAAGCAGAUAGAUUUAACCGAUUUAAAAUUGACAGAUGGUGAAAAUGAAAACAAAUCCGAAAACGAUAAGAUUUUUUCAAUAUUCGAAACAUAUGGGCCCUUUUUUGAUAGAGAUGUAGAUUUAGUAAAUUCCAUUUUAGAAAAAGAUACUUUUGGUGAGUAUAAAAUGAAAUACCAAGAUUUUUUCCAAAGAAAUCCAAAUAACAACCAAAUUCAAAGAGAGCCAUCCCAGCCACUAGGUUUUGUAAUUCUAAUUCAUAAAAUAGAUAUAGAUGCAAUUGAUAAUCUAUUUAAAGUGCUGUACCAACCAUAUCACUAUUACGUAAUCCACAUCGAUAAGAAUUUUUCAGAUUUAAAUAAAAUUCAAUUAUUAAACGAUUAUUUAAAAGAUUUACAAGCUAAAGGAAGAGCCACCGAAAAUAUUUAUGAAAAAUAUCCCAACAAUAUCAAGAUUUCUGAUUUAAGAUUCAAUGGAGAAUGGGGAACUAUCUCUUUAGUGUACAUGGAAUUAGCAUCAUAUACAGUACUCUUUGAUAUGGUUGAAGAAAGAUCCCAAGCCACAAACUUACCAUCAUUAUUUUCACAUAUGAUAAAUUAUAGUUUAAACGAUAUGAUUACAAGAUCAUUAAAAAAUAUAUCAAGAACUCUAUUUGAAGGUGAAAAUAUCGAUACAACCUAUUUACAUUGUUGUAUGGCAGAUGUGAAAGCUAGAUAUGACAGAAUUUAUUAUGAAGACCAUAAAGGUGUCGGUAUUUCAAAGAAUGCAAUUUCAAAAUAUGGAUGCGGUAUAGAGGCAGUACCAUCAAAAGGUGAUGUGUUGGAUGGUAGUCAAUGGCACUUUUUAACAUCUAAAUUUGUACACUUCUUAAUUUCAUCAACAAAAUCUUUAGAGAAACUAUUUUCAUUAAAAUUUUCAAUGAUUCCAGAUGAAUCUUUCUUUCAAAAUGGUCAAGCUAUUUUUAAUGGUCCAGUAGAAAAAAGAACCCAUAGAGCAACUUUAUGGAAUAAUAUUCGUUAUAAUGUAUCAAUAAGUGACCUAGAUCUCAUCGAUAGAGAAGAAACAUUUAUUAUUAGAAAGGUGUAUGAUAAUAAUGUUAGAGAGGAAAUGAUAAAGAGAUAUAAUUUAUUAGAAUAAUUUAUUAAAUAAAAUUAAAAAGUGUAUAUAUUAAAAAAUAUUUUUUUAAUAUCUUUAUAAU